AUGGCGGCAUCACGUCGUCUCCGGGAUCUCCAAGCACAAACCGGUAACAAGGUCUGUGUCGAUUGUUCUCAGAAGAAUCCACAAUGGGCCUCUGUUUCCUAUGGAGUUUUCAUGUGUUUGGAAUGCUCCGGAAAACACCGUGGGCUAGGUGUUCACAUUUCAUUCGUCCGAUCCGUUACCAUGGACUCAUGGUCCGAGAUCCAGCUCCGGAAAAUGGAGUUAGGAGGUAAUGAGAAGUUGAACAAAUUCAUGAGUCAAUAUGGAAUCCCUAAAGAAACUGAUAUUGUGACCAAAUACAAUACGAAAUCUGCUUCUGUUUACCGUGAUAGGAUUCAAAAUCUGGCUGAGGGAAAACCUUGGCAGGAUCCACCUGUUGUGAAGGAAUCUGUAAAAGGUCCUAAUAGCAGCAGUAGCAGACCUCCGUUGAGUGGAAGUAGAAUUGGAAAUUCAGGUGGAAAUUCUGGUUGGGAUAAUUGGGAUAGUUUUGAUGAAGGUGGCGAUAGUAACAGUAGCAUGAGGAGAAAUCAGACGGUGGGUGAUUUUAGGAGUGGUGGAGGUAGUGAUGGUGGGCCUGCUAGGUCGAGGUCUACAGAUGAUGUUACAAUGGCGCAGUAUGAGGCGUCCGCUGCGAAUAAAGAUAAUUUUUUUGCUAGGAAAAUGGCUGAGAAUGACUCCCGGCCGGAGGGCCUUCCGCCCUCUCAGGGAGGGAAGUAUGUUGGAUUUGGAUCAAGUUCUGGCUCAAUGCCUAGGAAUAAUAAUAACAAUUCGCAAGGCGAUGUCUUUUCUGCUGUUACUCAGGGAUUUGGUAGAUUAUCUAUGAUGGCAGCCUCAGCGGCACAGUCUGCUGCAACUGUUGUUCAAGCAGGGACAAAAGAGAUUGGCUCUAAGGUGGCAGAGGGUGGUUAUGAUUACAAGAUGAAUGAAACAGUCAAUGUUGUCGCAACAAAAACAACUGAGAUUGGACAGAAGGGCUGGGGUAUAAUGAAGGGGGUCUUAGCUUUAGCUUCACAGAAGGUUGAGGAAUUUGCUGAGGGUCCAAACCCGAGGGACGAUAGCUGGCAACGAAGUGAAAAUGAACGAAACGGCCAUUAUAAGGAAUCCAGUCAGGCAUCUAAAGGAUGGAAUUCUUCUGGAGGAGCACAAUCAUCUGGUAGGCAGGCCAAUGCGGUCAGUUCAGCGUCCUGGGAUGACUGGGAUAGUAAAGACAACAAGAAAGAAAAUCCUACCGGAGGGGCCACAUCCAGUAAUGACGAUGGCUGGGCUGGUUGGGAUGAUGGUAAAGAUGAUGGAUUUGAUAAUUUCCAAAGGGCACCUAACAAUAAACAUGUCGCUCAUGGUGGAAAAUCAGAGUCCAAAUGGACUGAUGGAGGUUUCCUCUAAGAGUAGCAGAUGCCACAACUUCUGGUAAUUCUUUUCCCUUCCAAAUUUGAUUUCAUCAAGAUUUACAUCUUGGAAGGAUUCGUCUCUGAAACUUGUUGAUGUAUGUAGCAUUACGAACAUGAUUGGUCAAUUGCCUCUCAGGUAAAAGAAACAAGGAACGAAGGCAACAGAACAAACUGUUCUGAUGCCCAUUAUUUUUCAAGGUUACAACUUUUAGGUUACAUUUGGAUUUGUAAUGACCAUAGUUGCAUUUACUAUUUUUCUGCAUUUUGGUCGUGUAUUUAGGUGACCGUCUUUAAUCGUGUACCAUUUAUUUGUGUUAUAUACAGCUGCAUAACAUAUUAAUUUGCGCGUAAAGUGUUUGAUCAAGUUCUGGUGUAGUUUGUUCUUUAUGUUGCAAUCCAUCAGUAAUAGCAUGUAUUGUAAUGAUAUGCUAUAUAUAUGCAAAUACACAUCCUCUUGUUGACC